GAAGUAUCCGAUCAUCCUUGUGUUAUCCUUAUGACGGUUACAACUGAACAAAAGAAAACUAAAAAAAUAGCACAUCGCAGUCUCGCGCGAAAACAAAAAAAAAUAGGCAAAAACUCGUAAAAUAAUACAAAAGGGAUGGGCAGUUUCCUUAAUUACCUGAACCACACACUUUCAUCAUCUUCUCCGUCAAUCUCAGUCCACUCUACCAUCUCUACCCCUUUCAUCCGUAAUGAUAAUUUCUUUUUUGAGGAAAGAAAUGAAAAGAAAAAAUAAUAACAAAGAAAAUAAGCGCAACUUCUUCGCUAAAUAUCUCUUUACCAAUAAUAAUCAUUUUCCUUGCCUUUAAUUGAGUUUCUUUCCUCUCUGCCAAACACAUUUCCUCAAAUUUUAUUUUUAUUGUUUUUUUCCAAAUUACUGGAAUUGGUUGAGAAAUUUAGAUCUGAGGAGAGGAUCGGGAUCCAGAUGGAAGAGGCACUAGAGCUGGCACGCGCCAAAGACACCAAGGAGCGGAUGGCGGCUGUGGAACGUCUCUACCACCUCCUCGAAGGUUCCAGAAAGAGUCUGACUUCUUCGGAGGUUACUUCGCUCGUGGAUUGCUGCAUGGAUCUCCUCAACGACAACAACUUCAGAGUCUCCCAGGGCGCUCUCCAGGCUCUUGCUUCUGCCGCCGUCCUCUCUGGUGAUCACUUGAAGUUGCACUUCAACGCGCUUGUUCCCGCGGUUGUUGAACGGUUAGGUGACGCUAAGCAACCCGUCAGAGACGCUGCGAGACGCCUACUUCUCACUCUCAUGGAGGUUUCUUCUCCAACAAUUAUUGUUGAAAGGGCGGGCUCUUACGGCUGGACGCAUAGAAGUUGGAGAGUUAGGGAGGAAUUUGCCCGGACAGUCACAUCCGCAAUCAAUCUUUUUGCAUCUCCUGAGCUUCCACUUCAACGGGCUAUUCUCCCCCCUAUUUUGCAGAUGUUGCAUGACUCAAAUCCCGGUGUUCGUGAAGCUGCUAUAUUAUGCAUUGAGGAAAUGUAUAUGCAGGCUGGAACUCAAUUUCGUGAUGAACUUCAUCGCCAUCAGCUUCCUGCAUCUAUGGUGAGAGAUAUUAAUGCCAGACUAGAGAAAACUGAGAUGCAAGUUCGACCUUCAAAUGGAAUGUUGGGUGGUCUUGCUGCUGGAGAUAGAAAGCCUGUAGUCUAUAAUGUCAAGAAAAGCAGUCCACAAGCCAAGAGUUCUUCAAGGGAGAUAUCUCUUUUGGGAGGUGAAAUUGAUGUCACAGAAAAAUCCAUAGAUCCAAUUAAAGUUUACUCAGAUAAGGAGCUGAUAAGGGAAUUUGAGAAAAUUGCUUCUACUCUUAUGCCAGAAAAAGAUUGGUCCAUUCGCAUUGCUGCAAUGCAGAGAGUUGAAGGCCUUGUUUCUGGUGGUGCUGCUGAUUAUCCAUGUUUCCGGGGACUUUUGAAGCAGCUUGUUGGCCCACUAAGUGCACAGUUAUCAGAUAGAAGGUCAAGCAUUGUGAAGCAGGCUUGCCAUUUAUUGUGCUUCUUAUCAAAGGAGUUCUUGGGAGAAUUCGAGUCAUGUGCUGAGAUGUUCAUCCCAGUCCUUUUCAAGUUGGUUGUGAUUACUGUGCUUGUAAUUGCAGAGUCUGCAGAUAAUUGCAUAAAAAUGAUGUUGCAUAACUGCAAAGUUGCCUGCGUGCUUCCCCGCAUAGCUGAUUGUGCAAAGAAUGACCGUAAUGCUGUACUCCGUGCCAGGUGCUGUGAAUAUGCACUGUUGAUACUUGAACAUUGGCCAGAUGCACCAGAAAUACAGCGAUCAGCUGAUUUAUAUGAGGAUUUGAUUAGGUGUUGUGUUGCUGAUGCCAUUAGUGGGGUACGAUCAACUGCUAGAAUGUGCUACAGAAUGUUCACCAAAACUUGGCCAGAUCGUUCUCUUCGCUUGUUCUACUCCUUUGAUCCUGCCAUUCAAAGGAUAAUUAAUGAAGAAGAUGGAGGGAUGCAUAGGCGGCAUGCUUCUCCAUCUGUCCGUGACAGAAAUGUAAAGAUGUCAUUUACCUCUCAAACUUCUGCUACUUUAAAUGUACCUGGAUAUGGAACAUCUGCUAUAGUUGCGAUGGACAGAACUUCAAGCUUAUCCUCAGGGACAUCUCUCUCUUCUGGGUUGAAUUUCUGCCAACCAAAGCCCGCAGGUAAAGGUGCUGAGCGUACUCUGGAGAGUGUAUUGCAUGCAAGCAAACAGAAAGUUAGUGCUAUUGAAAGUAUGCUUAGAGGUCUGGACAUAUCUGAAAAACAGAGGCAGACAAGUUUGGCUCUAGGAGUUGACCCUCCAUCAUUCCAUGAUCCACCAUUCCCUGCUGCUGUUUCAGCUUCUAAUAGUCUCACAAGCUCUUUAGGACUAGAAUCAAUCACCUCUACUGUUGGUAAAAGUGGUAACCACAAUGGUGGUCUGAUUAUGUCUGAUAUCAUCACUCAAAGUUCCAAAGAUUCAGGCAAGUUGUCAUAUAGAAGUAAUGUGGCAAUUGAGUCUUUUCCAGUUUUAUCAUCAUACUCUCCCAGGAGGGCAGCAGUAAGGCCAGACCGAGGUUCCAUUGAAGAUAACAGUGACAUCAGAGAGGGCAGUCGGUUUAUAAAACCACAUAUUGACAGGCAAUAUUUUGACAUGCCCUAUAGAGAUGUAAACUCCAGGCAUUCACAGAACAAUAAUAUUCCAAACUUCCAGAGGCCACUUUCAAGAAAGCAUGUAUCUGGGCGGAUCUCUGCUGAAAGGAGAAAGAGUUUUGAUGAUAACCAACCGUCACUUGGUGAGAUGUCAAAUUAUGUUGAUGGUCCAGCUUCUCUUACCGAAGCCCUAAGUGAGGGGCUUAGUCCUAGUUCUGAUUGGUGUGCCAGAGUUGCUGCUUUUAUGUAUCUCCGGUCUUUGUUGCAGCAGGGUCCAAAAGGUGUUCCGGAAGUGAAUCAAAAUUUCAUGAAGGUAAUGAAAUUGUUUUUCCAGCACUUGGAUGACCCUCACCACAAAGUCGCACAGGCUGCUCUUUCAACACUUGCUGAUAUUAUUCCAUCAUGCCGAAGGCCCUUUGAGAGUUACAUGGAAAGGAUCUUACCCCAUGUUUUCUCGCGGUUAAUUGAUCCAAAGGAGUCGGUUAGGCAACCUUGCUCCACAACAUUGGGAAUUGUUAGCAAAACUUAUAGCAUAGAUUCUCUUUUACCUGCUUUGCUACGUUCUCUUGAUGAACAGCGAUCACCAAAGGCAAAGCUAGCUGUUAUUGAGUUUUCCAUUAGUUCCUUCAACAAGCAUGCUACGAAUUCUGAAGGUUCUAGUAAUAUUGGCAUCCUGAUGUUAUGGCUUGCUAAAUUGAAACCUUUGGUCCAUGAUAAAAAUACCAAGCUUAAGGAUGUGGCUAUUGCUUGCAUUAUAUCUGUAUAUUCACAUUUUGAUCCGAUUGCUGUUCUAAAUUUUAUUCUUAGUUUAUCAGUUGAAGAACAAAAUUCCUUGAGACGGGCACUUAAACAGUACACACCUCGUAUUGAGGUGGACCUGAUAAGCUAUUUGCAGAACAAGAAAGAGAGACAGCGGCCUAAGUCAUCCUAUGAUCCAUAUGAUGCUGUUGGAACAUGGUCUGAAGAAGGAUAUGUUGGGGUGUCCACUCAAGAUUCAACCCUGAUCACUGGCCCUAUUGGCCAGGAAACAUCUGAUGAAACUCAGGUUAACUUAUUUCAGAACUUUGGGAUCAGUUCAAAUGCAGAUGUUCUUCCUUCCAAAACCAAAGAAUUGUCUUAUAUGGUUAAUUCUAAUGAUCAGAACUUGGGAUAUCAAAUGGGACAAGUAGAGAACUUGGAAAGUAGUGUUAACAUGGAAGGUCUAUCUACUCCACAUCUGGAAACUAACGGUCCGAGUAGAUUUGAUUCUUUGGUGGACGUUAAAGGGGUUGCCUGUGAUCAUGAGAUUUCAUCAGAGCUGGAUCUUAAUCAUCUCAAACCUGCACCUGUAAAGAUUAGCUCUAUGCCAGAUACAGGACCUAGCAUUCCUAAAACUCUUCACCUGUUCUGCAAUGGGAUUGAUGAGAGCUCUACAGCCAGUAAGCGUGGUGCACUUCAGCAAUUAAUUGAAAUUUCUGUGGCUAAUGAUAUCUCUAUUUGGAUCAAGCACUUCAAUCAGAUUUUGACUACUCUACUUGAAGUUUUAGAUGAUUCCGAUUCCUCUAUCCGAGAACUUGCCCUGUCAUUGAUAGUUGAAAUGCUUAAAAACCAGAAAGAUGCUAUGGAAGAUUCUGUUGAAAUAGUAAUUGAGAAGCUGCUUCAUGUAACAAAGGAUGUUGUUCCCAAAGUUUCAAAUGAAGCUGAGAACUGCUUGAAUACUGUUAUGUCUCAGUAUGAUCCAUUCAGAUGUUUAAGUGUUAUUGUACCUUUAUUAGUUACUGAAGAUGAGAAGACUCUAGUUAUUUGCAUAAACUGUUUAACAAAGCUUGUGGGCCAGCUAUCACAGGAGGAUCUAAUGUCUCUAUUGCCUUCAUUUUUGCCUGCUAUUUUUGAAGCUUUUGGAAACCAGAAUGCAGAUGUCCGUAAGACUGUGGUAUUCUGUUUGGUCGAUAUUUAUAUAAUGCUUGGGAAAGCAUUUUUGCCACACUUGGAAGGGCUUAACAGCACACAGCUGCGACUGGUUACAAUUUAUGCUAAUCGGAUCUCACAGGCCAGAUUGGGAUCCCUAUAGAUGCAAUGCUACCAACCAAUUAGCUUGGAUCAUUUGGAUGGAGAGGUUGGUUUUGGGAAAUGAAUGUACCAACCAAUACCAUGAUUAGCUGGUUCAUUUGGACGGAGAGGUCGGGUAUGGGAAAUGUAUGUCUAUUCAUUUUGUAUUUUUGUAAAUUAUGUGAAUGAAUUCAUGGGGUGAGUUUUUGUAUUUUUUUUUAUUUGUUUAUAAAUAUAUGUUUUAGUUCUCUUUCACUUGGUUUACUGAGUUUGGAGGCAAGAGUGCUUUUGGUGGGAUCAAGUAGGUAAUUGCUCCAUUUGUGCCCAAGUUGGUGUUGUAAUCACACUUCUCUUAUAAUUAUCUUUAUAGUGAUAACGAUAUAUGGUUUUGGUGAAA